AACAUGUACCAAAGCGGCGAGUCGCUGAUGAGGAUGUCUCCGCCGAGCCUGGUGUCCUCUCUGCUCAUGGAGAGCUCCGGCACCUUCAACCCCGAGUCUCUAGACAGCAGGAAGUCUAUCACCUCGCACAGGGACUCCGGUAUUCCACCGUCCGGUCGCGACAGCAUCGAUCCCAUGAUGACGAGUAUGACCUUAAGUAUUCUAGACGAAAAGGACAUGAGCACAAGUUUCCUCUCACAAACCACGUACCCAGACAACGAUAGUUUGAUGGACUCCCUCCCGCCGAGCCUCGUCAGCUCCGUCAACUCUUCCUACGUCGUCUCCAACACGUCCAAACCCAAAACAGACACUCCGGAUUCCAACAUCUUCAGUUCGGCCACGUUCACACAUCUGGAACAAUCAGAAAAACUCCUCUCAGCCAGACCAAGGUGCCAACUCUUCAACAGCUUCACAAGACGAGAAUCGGGCCUAAGAAAUUCGGAAAGCUACACGAAAUCACGUGAGGAAGCCUGCCAAAUAGACACGAGCAAAGUCCUCAAUGAAAACUGCGACAACAAAGACUCUCCCAAAACGAUACCGAAGUCGAGUCCCGAUAUGACGGAAACGAUAACGCUGCACUACUCCAACACAAAGUUCAGACGAAACAACGAUUCUGAAAAGGAGAACUUGAAUGCGACUUUCGAACAGGACGACGCGUUCUACAAAGACAUGGGCAUGCAGAGGACGGUCGAUCUGGGCAAAAACAGUCUAAACGUCACGCUCGACAAACAGGAGUUGAAUGAGAUAAUUCAAGCGCGACAAAAGAUAUCUUUAGCUCGGAAGGCGUUGCCGACGGAGCCGGAUAAGCUUCCGAAUCAGCCGGACCCGUCGCCGAUAAAGACGAUUCAGCUGCCGAAUCAGACGAUCACAGUGCCAAGACAGAGUAUGGAGAACGCUUCAGAGCUAUUGUCGAGGCGGAGAGUGAUGAAUGGGGGCUUUGACAGGCACGAGGAGCCGCCGGCGAGGGAGACUCCCAAACGGAACGCGACCUUCAAGAAAGCUUCUCCGAAGAUGAGCUCGAUGGAUACGACAGUGGUGUAUGUGAAGGCUGAAGAACCGAACCAGAUGAUCGACAUCAAUUCGGCGACGUUGAACCUGAUCGAUGCGAGCGAAAGGACGCUGCAGCAAGAGGAAUGGGGUUCCCAGGAGCGCGCGAUGGUGGGUUCAAGUGAGAGCACAGACACGGGCACGUUCAGUUCAUCCAGUCCGCCUGACAGCGUGCCCGACACCGCCGCUCAUGACCCCCGCGCACAAAUAGCUUCCACCCCUCUAAUGACACUGAAGAAGGGAUCCAAGAACGACCUGCUAAACCUGCACAGCACGAUAUCCCCCAUAUACGAUAUGAUCGACGACAAAUCCUACACCUUGACCAAGGUAGCGAGCACAAACUCCUCAGGAAUGGAGAGAACUUAUGACAUGCACAAUACAACGGUCAUAAACAGUGCCACAAUGGUCAAGAAGUCGUCGGCCAAAAGGGAUAUAUUAGCAUCGAAGACUAGUCCCGAAAAGAAGAUCCUGGGACCUACUCCUCAAAGGUCACCGCCUAGCAGGAUGUCUCCAACGCAUGCAGGGUCAUACGGCAUGGCGCCUCCCACCGCGGUCCCUAGGAAGACCGGUUUGCCAACGUCGAAGCUUAGGCAAUACAGUUCGCAUAGGGAGCUUAGCAGGAUACCUGGCAAUCCCACUCCGCUGUCCCGCACGGCGGUGACGCGAGGGACGGGCGGGAUGGCGCGGCGCGGCGUGUACGCGUCCAACCCGGCGCUCAGCCCCACCGCGCCCGCGCCGCCGCUGCGCCGGGACUCCUACACGCUCGCCGCCGAGCCGCAGGUGGGACACAGGUCGCAGCGGGCUCCAGGCAGCCAGGCGUCCCGCGCCGCUGUCCCGCGCGGCGUGACGCGUCCAACCCGGCGCUCAGCCCCACCGCGCCCGCGCCGCCGCUGCGCCGGGACUCCUACACGCUCGCCGCCGAGCCGCAGGUGGGACACAGGUCGCAGCGGGCUCCAGGCAGCCAGGCGUCCCGCGCCGCUGUCCCGCGCGGCGUGACGCGUCCAACCCGGC